CGGAACCAGAUCUGGGGCAGGUUUUUCCACCGCACCGAGUGACAGCAGCAGCAACGGACCCACAAGCUCGUCCGCCCCGUAAACAUUCCCCGCCGGCCCCAACAUGUCGGGAUUCAGCCCAGAGCUCAUCGACUAUCUGGAGGGGAAAAUAUCCUUCGAGGAGUUCGAGCGGCUGCGGGAGGAGAGGAAAGCGCGGGAAAGGGAAGCUACAGGUGAUGGAGUGACUGAAGAUGAAGGAGAAACAACAGCAGCAGAAGAUGUGGAUUGUUCAUCCAGAGCCUCUCACAGUCGAGCCAAACAAGAGGCAGAUGAUUCAGAAGAAACCUCUGAUGGUGUGAGCAAGUCUGUUCAUCGAGUCUUUGCUUCAAUGUUUGGUGAUCAUGUAAGUGAUGAUGAAGAGGAGGAGAAUGACCAAAAUGAACAGUUCACUGCUGGAGAUGUGUUUGCCUUGGAAAUGGAGCUGCAACGAGAACACAAGAAAAUGCAAAGGGAGAGGCGACCUCGAAGUAAACUCCCGAAAGCUUUGAGAGGUCUUAUGGGAGAAGCUAAUAUCAGGUUUGCACGAGGAGACCGUGAAGAGGCUGUGAUGAUGUGCAUGGAAAUCAUUAGACAAGCUCCUCUUGCCUAUGAACCCUUCUCUACACUUGCGAUGAUUUAUGAGGACCAAGGAGACAUGGAGAAAUCAUUGCAAUUUGGACUAAUUGCAGCUCAUCUGAAUCCCAGUGACCCAGAGGAGUGGGUGAAGUUGGCCGAAAUGUCCCUUGAGCAAGACAAUAUCAAACAGGCUAUUUUCUGUUAUUCAAAAGCCAUAAAGUAUGACACAACAAAUGUCCGGUACCUUUGGGAGCGUUGCAGCCUUUAUGAACAACUGAGUGAACACAAGAUGGCUAUGGAUGGAUACAGGCGCAUCCUUAACAUCCUGCCACCUACUGAUGGAGAGCACUUCAUGCAGCUGGCCAGAGAUAUGGCAAAAAGCUAUUAUGAAACUAAUGAUAUUACCUCAGCUAUUGGUGUGAUGGAAGAGGCCCUUGGUAAACAUCAGAGUUUAGUUUCUGCUGAGGAUGUUAAUAUGGCGGCUGAAUUGUACCUCUCAAACAAACAAUAUGAUAAGACAUUGGAGAUUAUAACGACCUUUACUGAAGUUGUGGUCGAAAAGGGUUCCUCAAAAAUAGAUGAUGCAGAGGAAGAUGUUACUUACAAUUGUCAGAUUCCAGAUGCUGUUCCGAUAGAUAUUCGAGUCAAGCUGAUGGUAUGCUUGAUCCAUCUUCAUAUCCUUCAACCCCUUGAUCUUUUAAUGACUCACUUAAUGGAACAGAACCCUGAAGACAUGGGGGACCUUUAUUUAGAUGUAGCUGAAGCUUUCCUGGAGAUUGGCGAGUAUAACUCUGCAUUGCCCCUAUUGAGCGCUCUUGUGUGUUCAGAACGAUACAACCUUGCAGUUGUCUGGCUCCGUCAUGCAGAGUGUUUGAAAGCCUUGGGCCAUAUGGAGCAAGCAUCGGAGAGCUACGCUAAAGUAGUGGCAAUGGCACCUUUACACUUGGAUGCACGCAUUUCUCUCUCAACCUUACAACAACAAUUGGGGAGGCCAGAGAAAGCUCUCGAAGCACUGGAAUCGAUGCAUGAUGCUGAAACGUUAACACAUGAUGCGAGCGCAGCUCAACAGGAAUUGAAGCUGUUACUUCACCGUUCAACCUUGCUAUUUUCACAAAAAAAGUUACCCGAUUAUGUGGAUGCUUUACUUGCCAUGCUCGCAAUGCUCCUAAAGGUUGCAAUGAGCAGGGCUCAAGUUUCAUUGGUUUCAAGGUCCAAAAAUGGGGGAAAACAUCUGUAUCUUGUCAAGGACUCAAGAGAUAAAGUCAGUGACAUUGAUGAUCAGGAAGCUGCGUAUUUGGAUGUGAAAGGGAAAACUAGUGUUCUGAAUAAAGAUGACUGGUGGAAUUUAUUGUUAAAGGCAAUUUACACCUUGUGUGACCUCAUACGUUUCAAAGAAGCUGAACUCUUAGUGGAUUCUUCCUUGGAAUAUUACUCAUUUUACGAUGACAGGCAGAAACGGAAAGAGUUGGAAUACUUUGGCUUGUCAGCUGCUGUUCUGGACAACAACUUCAGGAAAGCAUACAAUUAUAUCAGGGUCAUGGUGAUGGAAAAUGUGAAUAGACCUCAGCUGUGGAAUAUCUUUAACCAAGUUACCAUGCACUCACAAGACCUGAGGCACCAUCGGUUUUGUCUGCGGUUGAUGCUGAAACACCCAGAAAAUCAUGCUCUCUGUGUGCUCAAUGGACAUAAUGCUUUUGUGGCUGGAAGCUUCAAGCAUGCUUUAGGUCAAUAUGUUCAAGCAUUUAGGAAUCACCCCAAUGAACCUCUCUACACUCUCUGUGUGGGUCUUACAUUUAUCCACAUGGCAUCUCAGAAGUUUGUUUUGAAACGACAUCCUCUUUUGGUACAGGGAUUCUCCUUUCUAACGCGAUACUUGGAACUUCGAGGACCUUGUCAAGAAGUCUACUAUAACAUCGGACGUGCAUUACAUCAACUGGGACUCGUGCAUUUUGCAAUUCAUUAUUAUGAAAAGGCACUGAAACUCCCUCCUCUUAAGUUAAACGGAAUAGAGGAUGACCAAGUGGACCUCAGACGAGACAUUGCUUACAACCUAUCAUUAAUUUAUCAGAACAGUGGGAAUGUUGAUAUGGCACGAAAACUUAUUUUUACUUAUUGUGUUAUAUAAAGACUGUGACUGUUGGAAUAUACAUUGAGUUGGUUAAAGUAAAAUGGUUAACCUCUAACAUUUAUGUAUGUAAUUUUAUUGAUUUCAGCUCUUGUUAUUUUAUUGGCAUUUGUACCAUUAAAACAUUCCUGAAAAAUUAGUCUGA